UAAACGGCUCUUAUACUGAACUAUCAAUAUUUUUUAGCAAUGAAGCAAAGAUAAGGAAGUAGAUAAUUGAAUGAAAGCGAUAGAAGAAAUAACAUAAAUUAAAGAUACGAAAAUUGAGUAGCUCAAACAUGGUAACCAAUAAAGUUAUUAAGAGUUAGAAUAAACUUACAAACAGAGCACCACUUGGGAACAGCAGAGGAAUAAGAAAAAACUUGUUUGGGAUCCAUUUAUGGAUCAAUUAAAAAACAGCCAAUUUUAAAACAAAGAAGAAGAAAUAAUAAAGUUUUAUUAGGAAAUAAAAAAAGCUGCUCAUUUUAUUAGUUGUUGAAAAUGAUUCAGACUAAUAUAGCACCAAUUGUAAAUUCCGCAAUAAGAAUUAAACCUUCCGAAAAAUUGCUAACCUACAUUCAAAACCUCAAGGAUUUUAAUCAUUUGUCAGUAGGAAUAGUCAAUACACUACCUAAAAACACAGCAAAGGAUAAGCCACCACCAAAAUUAUAUCACUUAAUUAAUGAGGAUGAUCAAAUUUAUAUUAAAGAUACUUCUGAAAGACGUAAAAAUGAUGUUUUUACGUCACCUUUAACCAAAGAUUCUAAUGUUAAUGGUGCAGAAAGUUUAUUUAGUUUGGAAGAUUUGCACUCGCUCUACGCACAUAUUUUGAAAAUAAACAAGAAUGCUGAUACCAAAGUCUAUCUGCAUGAAAUACUGGAAGGGUGUGAAAUCAUUCUACCUAAAAACGAAGAAAUACCAAGGAACGAGGAACUGGAUAGGCGGUGUAAACAACUACAAGCUGAGCAAGCCAACCAGAAGUACUUCGAUAUAACAAAAAACGUGGACAGCAGAAAAAAAGUUUAUCCUGAAGACACUGUACAAUACCAGUUGCAGCAAAUGAAUCGUCACUUAGUAGCUAUCUUCCAGUUCGUCAUGUCAGUUGUUGCAGGCUUCACUUUUGGUUUUGUUGGACUGGAGAUCAUAGUUGGAAGUCUGGAUUUUGGAUUCAGACUGGUACUUGGCAUCGUUUGUUCGUUGAUGGUGGCUCUAGCAGAACUUUAUUUCCUGGCGAAGAAACUUAAUGAGGAUCUCCAAUUUGAAAAUGCCAUAGAGCGACAUAAUAAGAAGGGAAUUAAGCUAGAUUAGAUAUGGUUCUUGUCACUGACUUUUUUCAGUGUUCAAUUUAUUUCUCAUAAAUGUACUGUGCUCAAUUUCUUUCUCAUAAAUGUACUAUAAAUAUUGACAAAAAAUUAUAAAUAUGUCCUUAUCAUGUGCGUUUAUUAUUUUCGAGUUCCUUUAUUUCUUUUAUGUCUUCCUCUGUAGGGUUUUGUAUUAUUUGUUCUGGGAUUUUUCUUCGUUGUAUUUUAUCAUCAUCAUUAUGGCUUUACAACUCUGUGUGGGUCCUAGCUUUCUCAAGAAUUUCUUUCCAGUCGUCUCUAUCCAUCUCCUUCUUGCGUCGGGCACGUAUUCAUUCAAGGAAUCUUGUUCUGGGUUUUCCUCUUCUUCUCUUACACCAAUAGGUCGCUUUUCUAGCUGGGUCAUUCUGUUCUUUCCGCAAUACAUGCCCUACCCUCCACAGAUGUCUUUUUAAAAUAUCUGUUUCCUGGUAUAUUCUAUAAAAUUCGAAGUUGUAGCAUCUUCUCCACAUUCCAUUGUUAUUCACCGCUCCAUAAAUUCGCCUUAUUAUUUUUCCCCACACCUUUACAUAUUGUAAACUUAAAUUAAAAAAAAAUCAAUAAUUUAUGUAAUUAGAGUGUCAAUAAAAUACCGAUUUUAAUUUCA